GCAAGGGCAGCGCUUCGGGGGACAAGGUGAACACGGCGGCGGACAGGGGGGUGAGGGGGGGAGCAGUUUGAGCAGAGAUUCAGAGGAGGAAAGUUGAAGCGUUUAAACCGGGGUCCUGGAAACAAACGCGAACCGCACGCUGCCCUUUCAUAACCGGUGCUCGGUGAGACCAGAGGGUUCCCUAUAAGAGGGAGCACAAGGCAAACAUCAUGGCUUUAGCAGGAUGCCCUGACUACUUUUUACGUCACUCAAACUACCAGGAAAGGAUGGAGCGCACCUCUUCCCGCAGGCCUGAGGAGCUGAUCGUUUCCGGCUUUCAGCGCUCAGCCAGUCAAGCUUUGCCGCAUCACCAUGCUGCCUCCACCGAUGAUGACGUGGACCUGGAGCAGCUGGUGAACGACAUGAACUCCUCGGUGGAAAGUCUGCAGUCCACCCAGGGAGAGACGGCACUUCUCUUAAACAAUGGUCACGUGCACGCCUCGCACCACCAGCAUCACCACCUGUCUGCUCAUGUGGGAUACAGUCAGAUCCACCGCCGCCACCCCCCGUCCCUGCACCCUUCUCCUCCGUCCAGGGAGCAAACGAAGCACUCUCAGCCCAUGCACAUCCAGGCUGUCAGGUGUCUGCAGGAAGAGCACCAGCUGCGUCCAGCCUCCCUGCCGGCCAUCCCCAACCCUUUCCCCGAGCUCUGCAGCCCAGCAGGAUCCCCUGUUCUCAGCCCGAUACAGACCUCCGACCGCCAUAUUGUGAAGGUUUGGAGCGAGGAUGGUGCCGGCAAAGUGGUGGAGAUCCCGGCAGACAUGACGGCGAGAGAUGUGUGUCAGCUGCUGGUCUACAAGAGCCACUGCGUGGACGACAAUGCCUGGACGCUGGUGGAGCACCACCCUGUCCUCGGCCUCGAGAGGUGUCUGGAGGAUCAUGAACUGGUGGUUCAGGUUCAAGCCUCCAUGAGCAGCGACAGUAAAUUCCUCUUCAGGAAGAACUAUGCCAAAUAUGAAUUCUUCAGGAACCCCCUGAACUUUUUUCCAGAGCAUAUGGUGGCUUUGUGUCAUGAGUCCGAUGGUUCAAUCCCUCAAGCACAGCUUUUACAGAAUUUUCUGAACUCCAGCAGCUGUCCAGAGAUCCAGGGCUAUCUUUAUGUGAAGGAGCCAGGAAGGAAGUCCUGGAAGAAGCUCUACAUGUUCCUGCGACGCUCAGGCCUUUAUUACUCCACUAAAGGAACGUCAAAGGAACCCAGACAUCUGCAGGUCCUCUCAGAUCUCGAGGACAGCAACAUUUAUACCAUCAUCACCGGGAGGAAACUUCACAACGCCCCGGCAGACUACCAGUUCUGCAUCAAGCCCAAUAAAGCCAGGAGUGACUGUAAGGAGCUCAAGAUGUUGUGUGCCGAGGACGAACAGAGCAGGACAUGCUGGAUGACUGCCUUCAGACUGCUCAAGUAUGGGAUCGUCCUGUACCAGAACUACAACGUGCCGCAGCAGAGGAAGGCCAACAACUCGUCUUUCUCUGCACCUGUGCGGAGCGUAUCUGAGAACUCCCUGGUUGCCAUGGACUUUUCGGGAAGAACCGGCCGUGUUAUUGACAAUCCGGUGGAGGCUCAGAGCGCCGCCCUGGAGGAGGGACAAACUUGGAGGAAAAGAACCCACCGCAUGAAUGUCCUGGGCAGCCCCCUGCACCCCUCCUCUCUGAGCUCAGUGAUCCACAGGACACAGGUCUGGUUCCACGGUCGUAUCAUGAGGGAGGAAGCUCACAAGAUGAUCAUACAGCAAGGCCAAGUGGACGGGUUGUUCCUGUUGCGGGACAGUCAGAGUAACCCCAAGGCGUUUGUGCUCACCUUGUGCCACCACCAGAAGAUUAAGCACUUCCAGAUCCUACCGGUUGAGGAGGACGGUCAGGUGUUCUUCAGCCUGGAUGACGGCGCCACCAAGUUCACGGACCUGAUCCACCUGGUGGAGUUCUACCAGCUCAACAGAGGAGUGCUGCCCUGCAAGCUCAAACACCCCUGCACCGCUGUGGCCUUGUGACACUUCACCCACCCGACACAGCGCCCCCCCCCCCCUUUUUUUUGCACAUC